UUUGGGAUGACAUCAAUAGAAACAACGUGUCAUAUUGCAUUUGUAUCCAGCUGGGCUCACUCUUUAAGUCGUCUUCCUCAUUUGUUUGGAGAUCUCACUAGUCCAAUCAAGAACAUCUCUUGUCCAAUUCCAAGUUGUACUUCUGUUGGAUCCAUUAGUCAUCAGCUUCAUCUCGCUCUACCUGAAGACAAAUCUCUAGCUGAUCUGAUGUGUAACACUAAAAAGUUACAACAAAAAUUGAACUUGCAAAGAACUGACAACAUUGUAUCUUCUAUUCUUGCAAACCCUCAAUCUAAGCGUUCUUCUGCAAGAUUUAGGUCUCUUCAGGGAACAGGAGCAGGUGCGUGGCUUGACUCAAUACCACAAUCAGCGAAGUUUGCAUUAAAGCCUGGCGAGUUUCGUCUUGCAACACGCUUGAGACUGGGUUGUGAAAUGCCCUUGGGAUCUGUUGUGUCAACCUGUGAAUGCGGAAAAGAUGUUGACAGAGAUGGCUAUCACCUUCUAACAUGCAAGAGCGGGGGCGGACCUGUCUGGACUCACGAAACACUGUCCAGUGUAUGGAGCAGCUGCCUACAACAACUUAAAAUGACACACCAAAGGGAACCAAGGAAUUGCUACAUUAAUAGUAAUGAUAGACCUGAUAUCAUUGCAUUUGAUGCACAAUCUGGUUGCGAUAUCGAAUUGGACAUUUCUGUGGCUCACCCAUGGGCACAACAGAUUCUUUCUCAAGCAGCUUUGGAAGAUGGUGCAGCUGCAUCCAAAAGAGAGCUUGAAAAGGCACAGAAAUAUGGUGGUGAGUGGAACAUGUGGGGUCGCACCUCUAACUGCAUUGCCUUGGUUUUCGAACAUUUUGGAAGAUGGGGACAAGAUGCUGUUGACUUUCUCAAUCGCUUGUCACACCAGUCAACAGAUGAAGAUGGAAGAUCAAAUGGCAGAGAGUUCAAGACGUACUGGCGUCGCUGUUUAUCAAUAGCUUUACAAAGAUGCAAUGCUAAUGUUUUAUGUAAAAAAUUAGGAAGAGUAGUACGAUCAAAGGACUCAACUGAACCGUGUUUUGCUAAUUAGAUAGAUUGAUAAAGUAGCCCAUUAUGGGCUCUUAGACUUUGUGAUUUUAGUUCUAAUUGUCUUAGACUGUAAUAGCGAUGAUGUGUGAAAAUAUAUGUAUUGACAGACAGACAGACAGACAGACAGACAGACAGACAG